AUGAGUACGAGCGUCACUGAAGCAGCAGAUCAGAUGGAGAAGGAAGAGUCGCUGAGACUGGCGAUCGCUGUUUCUCUUCUACGAUCGAAGAUCCAGAAUCAUCAGUCUUCUUCUUCUACGUCCCGUUGUGAUGUUCCCUCUGAAACCGAUGCUCUUCGAUGGAAGCAGAAGGCUAAAGAGAGGAAGAGAGAGAUUAUCAGACUUCAGGAAGAUCUCAAGGAUGCUGAAAGUGCUAAGCAUUGUGAUUUAUUCCCAGAGAGUGCUUCUUGCAAGUGUUAUUUCUUUGAUAACUUGGGAGAAUUCAGCGGUAGGCGGAUUGGAGAGGCCUCUGAACCGAGAUUUAACGAUGUCCUUCGUCGUAGAUUUCUCAGACUAGCAAGGACAAGGGGCAGAAGGAUAUCAAAUCGAUCGUCUCAAAGAUUACGUCUCUCAGAAGCGGGAUAUGACGAGAUAUCAGAGCAGCUAAGGAUAUCUAUAGAUUUUCUCCUGGAACUGUCCGAAGCAAACUCCAAUGCCUCUAAUUUCAGCAAUUGGUCACAUCAGGCUGUAGAUUUCAUAUUAGCGUCGCUGGAGAAGCUACUAUUGAUGGGGAGGAACUUAGAAUCUGUUGAAGAAUCUAUCAGCUCCAUGAUUACACAGUUGAUCACUAGAAUGUGCACUCCGUUUAAAGGAAAUGAGGGGAAACAUCUAAAAACAAGUGUUGGGUUUUAUGUCCAACAUUUGAUCCGUAAACUAGGAAGUGAACCAUACAUUGGACAGCGUGCAGUGUUUGCAAUUUCUCAGAGAAUAUCCAUUUUAGCUGAAAAUCUACUCUUUAUGGACCCAUUUGACGAAUCAUUCCCAGAGAUGGAUGAGUGCAUGUUUAUAUUGAUACAGCUAAUUGAGUUCCUGAUAUGUGACUAUUUGGUACCCUGGGCAGAAAAGGAAGCAUUUGAAACUGCUGUAUUUGAGGAGUGGGUAGCAUCAGUAGUCCAUGCGAGGAAAGCAGUGGCGGCUUUGGAAGAAAGAAACGGGUUGUAUAUUCUUUACAUGGACCGAGUCACUGGGGAAUUAGCUAAACGAGUUGGUCAGGUCACAUCUUUCCGGGAGGUGGAGCCAUCCAUUUUGGACAAAAUCAUAUCCUACCCAGAAUGA